GUCGGCGAUGACCUCUUGUUUGCAAAGAAAUCACACCCUAUUGUUCAAGUAGCAGAGCGCUUUCUGAUUCGUACGCAGCAACCUGAUAUUGUAGAAGAACUUCCGAUUGAAGAAGCAGUAGUAUACAACAGAGACGAACCUUACUAUGAACACGCUUGUAUUUCAACGGAUAUGGUGCCCAACCGAAUAAGUAAUCUGGCAGCCAAUAUAGACUAUGCCGCAGAUAAGUCACCAGAACCGAAGCUAUUCCUCGGUUCUUUCCAGAUGUACACAACAUACAUCCAUGGAAAGCAUUUGCUGUUCCAUGAAUGUUUCUGCCACCAGCUUCCAGAGUGGGCGGACGUCCACUAUCUCACUGGAGAUUCCGACUAG